GUGUACAAGCUGAUUCCUGCAGGCAAAUGUGCAUAAAUGAAUUACUUCAAGAACCCUGUGCCUGUUUUACCCAGACUCCUAUCUGCAGUGAUUUUUUCCAGAGUUUUGCUAAUUCUUUUCAGCCUCUCUGUCUCUUGAAGACACCAAACCAGAGAUCACAGGGCUGCAGCAAUAAAAUGUGGAAAUAAGAAGCCAAAUUUGGUGAGGAGCUUUAACUGGGGCAAGCCGGGGCUGGCCAAGGCAGCUUCAGUCCUAAAAAAACCUCUCCAUGUGGGAAUGGGACAAGCACAGGUGGAGAGAUGAAAAUCUUUGCUAAUGACCCAACCUCACCUGCUGAAGCAAGGCUCUGUAAUCCUUCUCCACUCUCAGAACUAUGGAGGAGCGAGGUGGAGCCUUGUACUUCUGAGAAAGGAUAUAAAGCUGCUGGCAUUUGCCCACUAUAAGGAACAAGGACCUGCUCACAGAAAACAAACAAACAAACAAAAAAAGCAAAAUGAAGAAUCUCAAAGGAGUCCCCUUGAGAGCUGAAAACUGACUUUCCCUGACGUGGAAAAAAAAAGUAGUUUACACCAUUUCAACAGAUCCUGAUUGCUCCAAGGCCUGAAGGAUGUCUGAAGAGAUCCUGAAAGAAAGUUAUUGUUGAAAACCUUCAGCUGCGCUGGGUUCUCGCAUCUUCCGGAGCUCGUAAGGUCUAACUCGUGCUUAGUCGCCGUCUCGGCAGCCGCUCACCGCUCGCUACCACCCUCGGCACCGCCCGCCCCCGUUGCCAUGGCGGGGCCGGCGGCGUCGGCACCAUAGCCUGCAGGGCCGCGGCCGCCGCGCUCUGCUCGGGAUGGGGGCUCCGCGCCGCUGCUUUUCAGUUGAAAUGAAAGUGUUGCCUCAAGAAAUCAUUGAAAGCCCACCAUGGCAUCCCAGGUUUGAAGAGCCAACGAUUUGCCCCCCAUUAGAUUUUGCCAGGAUUCAUUUGAUCAAAGACAAAGAUGGCAUAGAUGAUUAUUUGGCGAAGAAUAUCAAAGGGUUGUCAAAACAAGAAGCUGCAGCUAACAGGAAAUCAUACAAGGAGAACAUCUGCAUAGACAUGCUGCGACAGGGUUAUCACAAGUCCUUCUCCGAGCUCUUCACUCUGAUACAGAAGUGGAAUGCCUUGAGGGAGGCUGCAGGGCCUGGGUCAGCCAUAUGGCAGCGGCAGUCCCUGGAGGAGCAGCCUGAUAAGCUGGAUCAGCUUUACCACUUCCUGACCAGGGCUGAGGCAGCCCAGAGAGCAGGGCACUCUGAGGAAGUUUUUGAUAACCAGCUUAACGUGGCCUACUGCUUCGAUGACCCUGAGGAGAAACAGUUAAGGAAUUACUUGUAUGAACAGUGCUUUAACACUGCUCAACUAAUAAAAACUGAUGGUGGGAAAAGGCAAGCACAAGCACAUGCACAUAUGGGCCUAAUCAAUGAGGAACAAGGUCAUGUCAUGAAGGCUGCUGAGCAUUAUGAAGCAUUUUACCAGCUAACAGAAGGUUCAACGUGGAAGGAUGAGACAGGCCACACUUACAAUUCACUGGCAUGUGAGCAUCUUUGGAGAAUUUAUAUAUUACUAGCAGACAAAAUGCUAGAAAACAAAGAACAACAACAGGCCAUCAAAACAUUAAUAAAAGCUAUCAGAAUGGCAAAAACUGGAGGUGAUAAGAAGAUGGAAGGAGAAGCUGCAUAUUGCUUAAGUUUAGUGUAUCAUUUUGCUGGAGAAGAGAAGACAGCAUUAUCAAUUUUGAACACCUCUAUAAAAAUCUUCACAGCGCUGCAUGAUUCUGCAGGCCUAAAAAGAGCAUAUGAAGCUACAGACAAGAUCCUGGUAAGUCAGGGAAAAGUGGCUGAAAGUCUUACAUACUUGGAAGAGUUUAAGAAGGUUGCUGAGAAUGCUAAUCUAAGCCAAAGCGUGGUGGAUGCAUGUGUGUUGAUCGGGAACAUUUACAAUGCAAGAGGGAAUUAUGACAAAGCUCUUGAAUAUUUCACUCAGGCUUUUGAGGCAGCAAACACUUCAAAUAAUUUGUCCUUAGCUAAUGAAACAAGGACUUAUUGUGGCAUUGCAAGGGCUCAUAAACUGAUGGUGGUGUUCAACAGCCAUAUAGCAGCAGAAGAUCCCAUCAGCCUCAAGUAUUUGCUGGCAUGGAAGGAGAACAGAAGUGACAUGUGCACUGACCCUCUCACAGUCGAGCUUGAUGGAGAAACAAGCCCAUGUGAGCCUCCUCCAGAAACAAGCCCAUGUGAGCCUCCUCCAGAAACAAGCCCCUGUGAAUCUCUCCCAGAGACCCAAAUUCUAGAUCAUUCCUGAAAAUACCUGCUUACUUACAGCAAAGCUGAUAGAUGAACAUCGUGAGUUCAGGAAGAUCUCCAGAAACUCAGGCAACAAAGUAAGGAUGUUGGUGGAAGUUUUGUUGUUUAAGUAGGUGCACAUUGUUGCAGUAUAAAUAUCUGAUAGGUCCAAGUUCUUAUAUGACCAAUGUCAUAUGUGUGGCUCCAUGUUUCUAUAAAAAAUAGCUACUGUUGUUGAAAUAAAUGCAAAAGGAGAGAGUAACGUAGAGCAGGGUGCUCAUUGUUUGUGUUGCUCAUUGUCUUUCAAAGUGUUAAGAUACCAAGCAUCCUAUAUGCCUGCUGAAGUGCAUGGGAAUCCAAGGUGCUCAGUAUGCUGGAACAUCACUUUCUAAAUGUCUGGAUAUCUUCUUUAAAUCACAGAAUAUUGCCCCAUUCAGAUAGAACAGACUCCAAGCUUGAUGCCUUAUCCAUGGAGCGUUCUAUAAUUUGUAGCAUCUGUGCUUAACGAUUGUGGCUCAACUGUGACCUGAGCAGAAUAGGCAACAGGUUCCACUAGUGACCCACAGCAGUCUGACUUCCAUGGUCUUCACAGGUGUCAGAGGCAUUUCUCAGCUGCUGUCACCGUUAACCCCAAGAGCAGUUAAGGGACAGAAGGUGGGGUGGCCAUUGCCUUGCAAAGUAUAUGGCAAAGCAGAGUUUGGAACCUGCAGAUUUUAUUUAGGAAAAUUGAUUCAGGCCUUUGUAAUUUCAUACAUUAGAAAACCUGUUCUUUGAAACUUUAUAAAUCCCAGUAAUUGACUUCUCCUGUCUUUAAACAGAGGAUUCCAGUCAGAGUUUGAAGCAAGCUCCAUUAGAGCUGCAGUCAGUUUCUGUGAGGGUCUUUGAGCAAGCAAUAGGUUUUGCCAUAGCAAUAACUCAAUUCAUUGGUUUUCUUCAGGGUUGCAAUCUGAGCAACUGGUUGACAUGUGACAAUAGGGUUUUUGCCUCUAAAGGAAUGGUUAGUUAAUAUACCAAUAGUUAAUAUACCAUUAACUGGCUCACAUGAGAUCAUUUUUUGAUCAAAGUAAGCAUAAAUAUCUGUAAUAAUAAUUUUAUUGUUUUUACUUAGAGGUCUUUAUUGUCCAAACACCAGGCUUGUUACAACAGUUUGCAUUUGGAACGUUUUUCAUGAGGCUGAAAAUUUGUAUAGGAAUGUUCCUACAUACCUACGCACGUAUAUAAACAUACAAAUUUGCUUACUGAGUGUUAAAGAAAUGAAACAAUUGGGAUAAGGAAGGAAAACAGGGCCAUGAAAUAGACAUAAACAAUAGCAGUAUACAGUUUAGUCUUUAUACUUUAAUGCUAUUGAUACAAAUAAGAUCAGAAAAAGAACACAGAGCUUGGAAAUAACAGAAAAUCACAUUAAUCUGGAAAGUCUUCUAGUCUUAAAAGGACUGCCUUAAGAAGCUGUUAUUUUUAGAAAUCUGUAAUUUCUUUUAUGAGAAAGCUGUUGGGAAAAAAAAGUGGAGUAUGUGAAUUUAUCAUUGAUAGUGGAAAAAAGAUAGGUAUAAAAUCUCAUAAGAGAAGUUGACAUUCUAGAAAAGCUGGUUAUCAGUUUUUCAAGGACGAGUUUCUAACUUCUUAGGAUUUUCAGACCUCAUGUACGUUGUUACAACCGAACGUUGUUUGUCCAUGUCCCUGAAGUUGUUACGCAGCUCUAUUAAACAGCAUCCAUAAUCGCCACUAAAUUUUUCCAAUGUGAACUCGCUGCUCGGUGAUAACUUUUGUACGCUCAUGAGGAAACGGUGACUAAAGUCAUCCUCUAAAUUCUAAAGCAUUACUCUCCCAUACUUCGUAAGAAUUCUCAUUAGUCAUAAAGCUUUUAAUAAAAGUAAGGGGACUUCUACCAUCCUGUAACGAUGCAAUGGCAUGUUGUGCUCUCCAGAGCCAGGAAGCUCCAGCAGAAAUGUUUAUUGAGCUGCAUGGCCCUGCCAUCCCUCCCAGGAGCUCUGUCUGACAAGCAGCUCUCUGUCUGGGUAGCAUGCAGCCAUUCUGCUCCUUGCAGACUGUUUCAAAACGAAGACUUGCCAAACGUAUUAUAGCAGAUCAGUCUCUGAACUGUUCUGAGGUGGUAAGGUUGAUGCAUUUAAAAUCUGUGUAAUGAGGUAUGGUAUCUGAGGCCUGGAAAUGAAGACUGCUUUUGGAUUUUAGGAUUUUGGUAGGUUUCACUGUGCAUGUCUCUGACGGCGUUGGCUAGCGAUUCCAAGCAGAGGGAAAGGUUGUCCUCAGAAAGGGUUCUGUUUAUAAUUAAGAAAAGCAUGUUUUCUAAACAUUAAUAAAGUAAGUUUUGAACUAUUUUUUUCCACAACUGUCUUGUUUGGCCAUGUAUCUCUAUAAUACCUCUCUAUUUUCCACACUUAUGCCCAUAGAUGAAAAGAAUGCAUGUGCUGUUUUUUGAAGACAAACAAAUAAAACACGUUAAUGAA